AUGGAGCUUUUCUUCGAUUUUGAAAAUCGCCGUGCUAUCUCCCUGGAGGAAGGCGAUGAUGAUCGGAUGUCUUUUAUAACCGUACAAGACUUCACUGAUGCAAUUGUCCAGGCUGUUGAAUUUGAGGGGGAGUGGCCUGUUAUUGGUGGCAUCCGAGGUACGGAUAUCUCUAUUGGAAACUUGAUUGCGCUGGGCGAAAGAGUUCGCGCUGAUAAGAAAUAUCCCGCAAUAGGUGGCUCGAAAUUCCACGUUGAACGGGUGAAGGUGCAAGACCUCCAGAACGAAACGUGGAGCACCUCUUGGGUCCCGAGGAUCGAUCAUCCUUCAAUUCCCAAAGAACAAAUCGACGUGUUUUCCAGAAUUGUCUGCGCGGGAAUAUUGCUAGCGACCCACUAUGGGGCCUACUCUGUUUCUGAUGAGUGGAAUCGCUUGUUACCAAGCUUUCAGCCAACCCCUAUUGAAGAAUUUCUGGCAGAGUGGUGGAAUGAUAAGCCUUGA